CGAGAGAGUUUUUUUUUGAUGUUUUUGUACCAAGUCAUGUGGUAUCUGCAGAUAGGCUCAGUUUUUUCUCGGAAAAGGAUGUGAGUAGAUAGAGAACACCAAGUGCGUCCACUAAACAAACCUUUUGUCCUUUGUGACACCAGGUCAGCUUUUUUAUAGCUCCCGCUAUCGUUUUCUUCUACUUCAUCCUUUGACAAGAAAUUCCAAGCUUUCCCAGCUCGAUAUUUCCCAAACCAGAAAAUUCCGAAAACACCGUAACCAGUUCUCGAGUUGUAUAAAAUUUGAGUUCUAGUAGUUCGUACUAGUAAAAAGUUUUCGUUGUUCAUUACGACAGCAAAAACUGAAAGCAAAAAUGGGUUGUGGUGCAAGCAAAGCUACUGCCGCCGCGGGCGUUACCGCACCGGCACCGGUCCUCCUGCAAACGGCGGAAACAGAAGUGAAGCCGGUCGUCGAAGAGGGAACCAAGGCACCCGUUGUACUACUCGUGAUUUUAUGUAUACAGUCAAGAAAAAGAAUGUUCAAUUAGGAAUUAUGCCAGUUUGAUUAUCCUUUAGUUAAGACCUUCAGGUGGAUGGUGAAUCAAAGUUUUGUCAAAUGUUUUUUUUUGAAGCAAGAAUUGGACUAUUGCUUAGACAAGAACUUUGAUUUAUUCAUCUCUGUCAAGUGCAUAUGUUAAUCUCUUCGAUCUCUGCUCAUCCAGAACUGUGAUCGAAUGCAUAAAUAAAAUCAGAUCACUGUUGUGGAAUCUGCUGAGCCAGCUGCAGAAGUAAAAGAGGCUGCUGCGGAAAAUGAAGGUACUUAACUACAAUGUUUCUUUCUAGAACACACUUUAAUUGUCGCCUGAUAUUUAAUACUGAGUCAACAUUUAAAAGGAAAUUCAAAACCAGGUAACGCAGAAGCUGUCGCCGAGGAACCCGUAGCUGAAGCUGCAGCAGAAGAGCCUGCGGCAGUCACUGAGGAGGCCAAAGCUACAGCAGAGGAG